AUAUAUGUUUAUGACCAGCGCGCUCGUAAAACGCGGAAACAAGUAAUUCUUUUGGAAUCAAUAUUCCUAUGUGUACAUUAUGUGAUUACAUCAAGAAUUUUUAGCGGUGUCCAGCAGUUUUUCGUAUCGAUAAUUUCGUGUUCUUGAGAAUUACGAAACAUCGGUUAUUCUCAACUCACGAGAAAAAUCCUAGAAAGGAAGAAUUUCGAUCGUAUUAUAUUUUAGCGAAUUUGAUGCUCGUUACACGAAAUAGAAUUACAAGAUCGCGUCUGCCGCGAUAACGGCAAACGAGCGAGUAACGGGCGUUUAAAGCUGAACAAAUCUUCAAUCGCGAUAUUUCGUCACACGCGUUUUAUCUUUGUCUCGAACAGUCAUUGUACCUCUUUCCUUCGCAUUCCACGUUUCCGAGACGAAAAGCAAGAACGUUUUCCCAGAGUCAGAGUUUUUUUUUAUUUAUGGGAGUCCACAGAUGCCUGUGGUACCUUUGAUAUAUCGCGACUGGUGGGACGACUUCGAUCGACCGGUGUCCAGAUUGACGGACCAACACUUCGCCAGAGGACUAGACCGAGACGACCUGGUGUCAAGGUUCUACGACCUUAGCCUAGACAGGCCUUUGCGGUCCAUUCUUGGCAGCAGGUACUACCGUUCGUGGAGGAACGAUGUACGUCAGCACUCGAGCGGAUCUAGCACGGUUCAAUUCGACAACAAAGACAACUUCCAGGUUAGCGACUCGAUCCUUUCUACGAGCAAACUGUGCGAUAUUGAACCGAGGGUCGAGACACCUAGCGCAGCCGAACGAAUCAUCGAAAUUGUGAAGACUGGAAAACCCGCGCGCAAAUCGAUCAAAAUAGAGACUACUACCGAGCAAGACUAAACAUUAUUAAUUUCAAGAAAAUUUAUCGCCAAGUUUAUUUUUAUAUACGAAUUUUUAUGGAACCAUUUCUACAGUAUAACGUUGUUCAGUAUUCGGUAAAAUUUUGUAACAAUACAGUGCUGUAAACUUACAAAUUGACGA